CCUUCCCCUCACCACCAUCUUCUAAGCUUCUCGUAAAUAAAAGUUCUACGAUGGCAAUGUUCACUAAACCAAAACUUCUGUUUCUCUUCUUCUGCAUCCUCUCUUUGUUCCUCGCAUCUCAAUGCGAUGAUAAUCCAGGACGAAAAGGCCAGCGGGAUCCUGAGGAGAGAUUCCGAGAGUGUCAACAGAGAUGCUGGACACAAGAACGUGGUGAACGAGUAUCACCGUGCGUACAACAUUGUCAACGAGAGUACCAAAGAGAGAGAGAAAUACAACAUCGUGGCCAGGAGGAGACUAGGGAUGAAAAUCAAGGACGUGGCAAACGUGAGCCUGAGGAGAGACUCAGAGAGUGCCAACAAAGGUGCCAGAGACAAGAAGAGGGCCAACAGCAAUGGCAGUGCCAACAACGUUGUCAGCAAGAGUACCAAAGAGAGAAAGAACAACACCACCGAGGCCAGGAGGAUGAAAAUCAAGGACGAGGCAAACGUGACCCCGAGGAGAGACUCAGAGAGUGCCAACACAGGUGCCAGAGACAGGAAGAGGGACAACAAAAGUGGCAGUGCCAACAACGUUGUCAACAAGAGUACCAAAGAGAGAAAGAACAACACCACCGUGUCCAAGAGACUAACCCACAAAGAGAAGAAGUGAAGAAUCCCUACUUAUUCGAGUCUCAGAGGUUCAGGUCUCGAGUCAGGGCCAGCCAUGGAGAUUUCCGCAUGCUCGAGAAAUUCACUCAAAGAUCCGAACUUCUCCAAGGAAUAGAAAAAUUCCGUGUUGCGGUCCUUGAACUUGAACCUCAGUCUUUCAUGUUGCCUCAUCACUGUGAUAGCGAAACCAUAUUUGUUGUUAUUAGAGGACAAGGAACAAUAAGUAUAGCUGAACAAGACGAGAAGAACUCGUUCAACUUGGAGCAUGGAGAUGUAAUCAGGGUGCCUGCUGGUUCGACAUUCUACUUCCUCAACAGAGAUAACAACGAAAAGUUCUUUGUUUACGCGCUGGUCAAGUCCGUCAAUGUCCCCGGUCAUCCCCAGGCAUUCUUUAGUGCGGGAGGUGAAAAUCCAGAAUCCUUCUACAGAGUAUUUAGCGAUGAUAUCCUGGAGACCUCUUUCAAUACCCCAAGGGACAGGUUAGAGAGGCUAUUUGGACAACAACAAAAGCAAGGGGUAGUAAUCAAAGCCAGUGAAGAGCAAAUUAGAGCUAUUAGCGAACACGCUUCACGUUCCACCGAGCAAACUAAAGGUGAAAAGAGAGGACCUUUCAAUCUUCUGAAGGAACGCCCAUUGUUCGGUAGCAGAUUUGGACUGUUCUUUGAAGCAUCUCCAGAAAGAUUCGAACAAUUGAGGGACUUGGACACCGCUGUUUCCUUCAUGAACAUCAACCAAGGUGGAAUGGUACUACCAUUCUACAACACGAGGUCUACAAGAUUGGUGAUGGUCGUCGAAGGAAAUGGUCGCUUUGAAAUGGCAUGUUCUCAUCUUGGUAGGCAAGGCCGAGGCCACUGGUCUCACGGAGAAAGAAGAGAACAAGAAGAAAAACAAGAAGGUGGCAAUGUCCAUUACCAGAAAGUGCACGGUAAUCUAAACGUUGGUGACCUCUUGGUAGUCCCAGCAAGCCAUCCUAUUACCCUUAUAGCCACUGGAGGCUCAAAUUUCAGGCUAGUUGCGUUUGGUGUGAAUGCUCAAAACAACAAAAAGAACUUCCUUGCAGGUAAAGUAAACUUAUGGAGAAACGUAGACAGGGAAGCAAAGGAACUGUCAUUCAACAUGCCUGGAAGGGAGGUAGAAGAGAUCUUCCAAAAGCAAGACCAAUCCUUCUUUGUGGCAGGGCCCGGGCAGCAGAGGGAGAGGGGUGAACAAGGAAAAAGGGGACAAGAACUAUAUUUGUCUUCAAUUUUGGACUUCGUUUUCUGAAUAAUAUAAGCUGUGGAAGAUAUGCAUGGUGCACUAGGAAUAUAAGGAUUCAUCUGUGCCUAGUGAGUGAGCUUUGUGAGUAAAUAAGAAAAGGCUCCUAGCUAGAGAGUGCAUCUGUGCCUAGUUAUGUACUGAUAUACAUAACUUGCUACUUAAAUAAAUGUGGUCUAAGAGUUGUAACCGCUUUUUGGUCUCUCUUGUAAUAUCUUGUACGUGUGCAAGGUUAACUUUUGCAUCAUAAAUAAAAUUCUCGUUUGUUUAUCCCAAAA